UCAUAAACCAGCCAAUCAGAGAAGAGCUGAGUGAUUAAUUAAACGACUUUGGUCGCUGCAUGACUUAAAACGAACAAAGACCUCUAGAGAAGCAUCUCUAUCCUGUCUGACCAGGAUAACCGUAAAUGUUUCGGUGGUAAAAUCACGGGUCAAACUGUGGGUGAAUUUAAUCUCUGUCGUUUGAUUCAGGCGGCGAGGGGAAAAACGAAGACGUUUGGAGCCGAUCAUCGCAGGAGGACAUGUAGAAGAAACACCUGGGAGAGAUCGACUGGAUUUGACCUGCAGAUAUCAGGCAGUUUUUAUACACUGUAAAAACUGAUCUAAAGAGUGGGAACCACCUGAAGGCCGUCAGAGUUUAAUGAAGAGAGUACAGCUGCUGCCGCGUCUCCCCUGCCCACAUGAUGCCCAACACCCGUCUGGGAAAACGCUCGCCUUUAGGAGCGCUGCUGGGCCCGCCCUGCCCGGAGGCGACCAGGACCAGCAUCGCUAUGGCAACAGUGGCAGGACAACAAGGCAUUGGCAGAGUCAGAGGUCACAACGAUCUGAAGGUGUACUUUCAGUGUGGCGGAGCAGGUGACGGUCAGACGGACGCCACAGACCGGUCUGCAUCCUCGGUGUCUCCGUCUUUUGUCCGAUCCAUCUCCUCCUGCAUCGACGUCCCCAGAAGUCGCACGGCUCAGCAGGAGGUGGACAUGGAUGAGCUGAUGGCAGCCAUGGUCCUCAGCAGCCUGUCCUGCAGUCCUCCUCCCCCGUCCCAGGUCCCCGUCCAUAAAGACACCCCAGCUCCCUCCGUGGACCUCGCCGCCGCGGACAUCUCGGACAGCUGCAGCAGUGGCUACUGGAGCGUCGACCGCGGCCCAAGAAGCCCCGCCCCUUCCUCUCCAACAACAGAAGCAAACGGCAGGUUGGCCACGCCCACUGAUGAGGGCUUGGACAUGGAGCUGGACCAGGUUCUUUUUGAAGAACCGGCACCUAGAAAACGCAGGAACUCGCUGAAGGUGGCGUACAGGUGUCUGUGGCCGAGCUGCGCCAAGGUGCUGACGUCGCUGGUGGGAAUCAAACGCCACAUCAGGACGGUACACCUUAGCCAUGGUGGUGAACAUGAACGAUGCUCUCGAAGCGAGGAAGACUUUUACUAUUCUGAGAUCAACCAAAGGGACGAGUCUCCCCCUGCUGCUCCCCCAUGUGGCCCCGCCCCUUUCUCACCCAGCACCUCCCCUCCCUCUCCUCCCCCACCCUCCCCUCCCUCUCCUCCCAACCCCAACUGCAGCACUUUGAGCCAAUCUGCCCCCUCCCCCUGCAGCAGCUCCUGGCAGGUCCAAUCAGAGCACUCCUACCAGGCUCCGCCCCCAAGCCUCAUGGUUCUGCCUGCAGCCCCUACUUCCUGUCCCCUGACAGCCCCGCCCACCACAUGCAGCAGACAGGCGUUCCGGGUCCGAUCGGUCAGCGUGGGAGAGCAGUGGCUGCAGCACCACAGCGCCCCCUGCAGGAGGAUUCGAAGUGAGGCCAAGAAGUGUCGGAAGGUUUACGGCAUCGAGCACCGGGAGCUGUGGUGCACGGCGUGCCGCUGGAAGAAGGCCUGCCAGCGCUUCCAGGACUGACGCCGCGCCGCCUCAGCGGGCG